GGUCAUACGUCACUGGGAGCACCUUUCACUAGGUCCCAUCGAUCAACCUAAGGAUGUGCUCUAUCUUACAGUUGUGCCAGAUAGCUCAGACGUGUGCAAUAUGGCUUUGAAGUAUAUGGAGCAGUUGAGCCAAAUGUACGAAAGGAUGCGGCUUGGGCGUCACAUAGCAUGGCCUACGGGAGCUGACGGACGUGAUGGAUGUGUCAGAGUUGGCAGUCGCAAUCAAAAUGGCAAAUAUCCGACGGAAACCGUCGACAUAUCUGCUCACAAGAUUGACUUCAUCAAUCUUGUGAGCAGAUAUGUCGACAACAAGGCAUUCAUAACAAAGCUUAGGCAGUUCACUCAGCAAAUGGAAGAAUCACUGCUACAAGUUUUGUCCGAAAGAGAUGACUUGUUCGAUAGAACGGCAUUCCGUGAGACACUGGCUUUGGAUUGGCGUGCAAAAAGAGCUGCCGCCGCUGCUGUUGCAUUGGCUGUUGAGCAGCGAUUGGCUGAGAGCACAGCUGAGCCCGGAACUACGGUUCCUCCUCCCGAACCACCACCACCUGAACCUCCAUUAGAACCUGAAGACAUUCCAGUCGAUGAUCCUGGCACCCUACCUCACGUGAUUGUGAUCUAUGUGGUAAGCUCAUUAUUUUGUUCAGCAUUUUUUAUUUUGGAAUAUCACAGCCGAUGUCUUUUGUUCCAGUUCAACCCAUUCACUUGGGGCACGGAGUUCAGAAGUGGCUUGUUCACUAGAGUGGCUACCUUAGCUAUCAUGCGGGCAUUCAACACCGUUUGUUUGCGGCUUCCACUGCGUCGUCGUCCACAACUGCAGUUAGAAAUUGUUCCUAUGGAACAGGUGGCAGAUCUUCUGGGUUACCUCCCAGAUUACACAAACGACAAUGCAGCAUCACAGUAUCUGUUUGAAAACAGCGGUGGAAGUGAACGUGAACAAGUUGAUUGUGUCGCAGUGGAAUCCUUGAGGGCAACCGUACUAUCUGUCUAUACACAACCCAGAGUUUUGGCAGCUGAUUGCAUUAAAAGCGUCCAGGCAAGAUGUAUGACCAAAUUUGGUCCAGGAAGUAGUCUGUUAGACUCACUUGACGAAUGGGAAAGAAAUGGUCCGAAUGUGUUCUAUAAGGUACCAUCAAACGCUUAUCAUCUUGCUCCUCCGCCACUGCUUUAUCAAAAACAUGAAAAUGGCAGAAUUAUUCAGUCAUCUCCAGAAGAGCAGGUUCUGUAUGUAACAUACUGCGUUAUUGGAUCUGAUUGGCUUUGCGUCACCGUCACCGAUUCUCUCGGCCGCCUAAACGAUAAUUGCCUCAUCAAUCUGAAAACUCGUCAUGACCAUCAUAUCUACAAAUAUCGCCAACAAACUCAAAUACUUGAUGGGAUGAGCCGCCUUUGGACUUACAUUCUUGGCGUUCUCUGCAUGGAAACGCGAAACUGGAGACUGGUCAUUGGACGUCUUGGACGAAUUGGUCAUGGAGAGUUCAGAGCGUGGACCUAUCUGCUGAACAAAACAUCUCUGAAGCGGCACUCAGCUCGCCUCAAAGAAGUGUGCACUUCGUGCGCCCAAAUGCCAGGCUGUACCGGAACACCGAGCAUUCUCUCUGCAUGCCUCGUGUCCACAGAACCCGAGCCGUAUCUGCGAAUGUUCCCUGGCUUUGCUUCCACUGACGCGUAUAGCAAGAAAUCUCGGUCUGCUGGGGCGGAUGAUACAACUGUUACUCACAUUAUGGUAUUUCCAACCAGUGCGGACAUACAGGUAGGCGUCCAUUCUCACUUAGCUGUUACAGCAGAGCUUUGGCCUUGGUCUUGAUU